UAGCCAGUUAGCUUCAACCGAUCAACAAAGCCAUUUGUAAAAAUAUAAAGUUGUACAGACGGACGAGGCCGCUAGAGGGCGCUGGUGCAUUUGCUGCCACCUAGUGGCCAAGUCGGUCAUUACAGUUAGGCGGCAUGGCGUGCGCCUCUGACAGCGAGGGCGGCGGCUUCAUGGACAUGGAGACCGAGGACUCGAGGGUGGCCUCGCCCGGUCGGGCGGAUGACCUGAAAGGGAGUGGACAAAAGAGCUCGAACUGCGCCAAGCAUUCGGGGAAGAAAAGCCAGCGGGCGAUAUGUGAGCUACCCGAGGAGGUUCUGGAGUACAUCCUGUCCUUCCUCUCGCCGUAUCAGGAGCACAAGACCGCCGCCCUGGUGUGCAAACAGUGGUAUCGCCUUAUCAAAGGUGUUGCAUAUCAGUGUUACCAUGGUUUCCUAAGGGCCAUUCAGGAAGGCAACAUCCAGUGGCAGAGUCGCACCUUCCCGUAUCCUGGAACCCCCAUCUCGCAGCGCUUUUCCCACAGCGCGUGUUACUACGACUCUAACCAGUCCAUGUACGUGUUUGGUGGCUGCACUCAGACUAACUGCAACGCUGCAUUUAAUGACCUGUGGAGACUCGACCUGAACAGUAAGGAGUGGAUCCGACCUCUCGCUUCAGGAUCGUACCCUUCUCCAAAAGCUGGAGCCACUCUGGUGAUGUUGAAGGACCUGCUGAUCCUGUUCGGAGGCUGGACACGCCCCAGUCCGUACCCUCUUCACCAACCCGAGCGCUUCUUCGACGAGAUCCACACUUACUCGCCGUCCAAAAACUGGUGGAACUGUAUAGUCACGACGAACGGCCCUCCACCCAUGGCGGGUCACUCCUCGUCUGUCAUUAAUAACUCCAUGGUGGUGUUUGGUGGAUCUCUUGGUGCUCGGCAGAUGAGUAAUGAGGUAUGGGUUCUGGAUCUAGAUCAGUGGACCUGGUCCAAACCAGCCAUCACCGGCCCAGCUCCUCAUCCUCGUGGAGGCCAGAGUCAGAUCGUUAUAGAUAACAAGACGCUGCUGAUCCUGGGGGGAUGUGGAGGCCCGAAUGCUUUGCUGAAAGAUGCCUGGCUGCUGCACAUUGGCGCCACCUCCUGGUCAUGGCAGCAACUGCGAGUGGAGAAUGAAGAACAUGCUGCUCCAGAACUCUGGUGCCACCCGGCCUGCAAGGUGGGCGAGUGCGUGGUCGUGUUCUCUCAGGCUCCGUCAGGUCGCGCCCCUCUGAGUCCGAGCCUAAACUCCCGCCCCUCUCCCAUCAGUGCCACGCCCCCUUCUCUGGGCCCGGACACGCCCCCUCUGCGAUCCCAGUCUCCUGUGCGUUCCGCCGGCAUCGUGGAGGAGGCUCCUUGCGUGAACGGUCGAUGGGGGACGCUCCGACCGCGGCCGGUGUCGUUCAGGGGCGGAGCCAGGGACGGAAGCCCCUCCUCUUCUCAGCAGCCGUCUCCGUCGCAGGCCCCCGACAGCCCGACAUUACCCAGCGAGUCCUCGCCCUCCCCACGCACCAGCCCCUCCCCACACAGGCACGCCCAGUCGCCCGCCGACUACGGCUGGGAGUCUCCGCCCUCUUCGUCGGCGGCCCCGCCUCCUUUAGAGCAGUCGAGCACCGACAGCGUCCACACUCCGCCCGGCGCCGUCUCUCCCGCCGCGCUGCGCCGAGGUCUAGAGGCCGUCAAGAACCUCUCCUCGUCUCCGUCGCCCUCGUCCUCCUCCAACGCCAGCCCCGCCUCCUCCAGCCCCCCGCAGGCCGACGGACACUCCAUCCCGCCCAUCGCGCGCCGCCUGGGCCACUCGGUGCCGCCGCAGAGCCUGAACGUCGGCAAGCCGCUCUACCAGGCGCUCAGCUGUAAACCCAUGCAGAUGUACGUGCUGGACAUUUCCCGCGCCAAGUCCGACGGCGUGGUCACCUGGCGGGUCUUCGGCGCCGGCGCCACCACCGGCCCUCCCGAAACCAGCCUGCACACGGUGGUGCACGGCCGCGGCGAGCUCAUCAUCUUCGGCGGCCUUAUGGACAAAAAGCAGAACGUGAAGUACCACUCUAAAACCAACGCCUUGUAUUUCGUACGCGCUAAAAAAGGUAACGAGGGCAUAAAGUAGCCUGGACUGGACUGUGUGUGUGUUUGCUUUGAUUUGGGUUGCCAGAUUUGGCUCAGACACGCAGAGCUACGUUAUGCCGUGUUAAGGUUAUGACCUGCCUUCAGCUAGCAAAGAAGGGUCGACACGCCCGCUGCGUUAUAAACACUAAACCCUGCGUGAGUUCUAAACAAAAAUUAACACAUUUAUUCACGUUAAGUCACAAAGUUUUUAACUUCAUCUCUAUCCACUGCAUGUGUGGGCGACGUUCAGCUAGCACAAACGGAGAGAGUCAGAGAGACGGCACGUCUUCGUUCUACAUGUCGUCCUGUCUAGUGACGUUUAUUAUGAUUAUUGUUUAACGAAAUGUACCUUUUUUCUUUAAACAUACAGUCAGGGCUCAGAAGUCUGCGGUCGCAAGUGACAACGUGUCUAAUUUUGCAUUUUUGUUGAAUUUUCUUCAACAUUUUUUUUAAUCAGCAAAAUAAUUUGAGUGUAAAUGAAUAAUGAAAAUGAAUCCCUUGGUGCUUGUCGCUGCUGUAAACGACCAGCAGCGUCAGUUCCUUUAUCCUGGAGCUCGGAUCAGAUCCUCCUCGAGUCUGAUUCUCUCCGUUUGAGCUCAGGAUCUGACGACUUCCAGCAGGUGGAUUUGAUUUCACGUUGCAGCCCGUUCAGCUCUUGUAAAUAAACUCGGCACACAGGAAACACGUCGUCUUGAGUUCUUGAAUAAUUGAGGACGCUGAGGUGGCGAGUUUAGUUCCCAGCAGAGACACCGACCUGGGAAUCGAACACUGACUGGUGGUGAUGAGUGGCUGCAGAUUGGACAUAUGUCAGAAGGAAUUGGAUAUGACUAGAUUUGGUGAUAAAGGCCCUGCGCUGUAUGUUUACAUUUACAUUGAUUAUUAAACAGCUAUGAAGACAGACUCGGGGUGUUUUACUGUAGAGUGUUACCAUGGUGAUACAUUAACUUUGAUUCGAUAAAAUCUCAUAUUAUUAGGGACUUUUUGAAUCGUUGGGUUUAACAGGAUGAAACAUCAAAACUUCAGAUUUGUUGGAGAAUCACCAGGUUUUUAUUCAGCUGAGUAAUCUGAUCAUGGUAAAUGUGGAUUAUUUGCGUUUACAUGCACGUUAAUGUAAUCAUGAGCUGAAUAAUGCCCUCAUCUGAUUGUGGAAGUGGUUAUGACUAAAGGAGAAGUUUGACUCUUGGUUUUUAUUAGCGUGUUUAACUUAAUCAAAUUGUUGGUUUUCUUCAGCAGCAUGUUGAGUACAGACCAAACACCUAAUGUGCUAGUGCUUAUUAAUGAUGCACAGGAGGUGGACAAAAUAUUAAAAACCAUAUUUAUAAUUGGCGCUCGGGUCUAUUACGCUAACCCACCACCGCUGAAAUCUGGGUUCUUAUAUCAGCAGUGCUGUCAGUCAGCUGGCUGUCUACACAGACACGAUUGGCAAUGUCUGAGGGGGGAUGAACGAAGCCCUGCAAUGGCUCCUCGUCCAGGGGAUUCCUGCUUUGCACUGUUUUCCCCAGCUCAUACUAACCCUCUUGUUUGCGGAUGUUUUGGUUUUGUUCACCUCCUGUGUGUUUCUGAUGCAGUGGAUAGAGAUCGAGGUAAAAAUAUCGUAGCGUUCCAUAAACAAACGCUCCGUUAAAACUCGUGAUUAUCGGACUGUUUUAUCUGUUUCCCCUUAAAUCUGUUUGUGUGUCCGGGAGAGAGAAAGUGAAACGAAGGGAUACGGUUCCGCCUGGUUUUCCUGCAGUCGUGUUACAUUCCAGACGUCUGCGAGCAGGAAACCGGAGGAGCACCGACGACUACCUUGCUUUUAUAUUCACUUCCUGCCUGCAAUGUUUACAUUAUGUGUGUAUGAGAGUGCAUGUGCGAGAGAGAGAGAGAGUGUGUGAGUAUUUCACUGCAUGUGUCAGUGAUUGAAGUUGUGUGUGUGUGUUUGUUUUGAAUGGGCUGGGGAGGGAAGUUCCCGAUGUUCUUAAAAAAUCAAAUUAAUAAAGACUUUCAUGUCUUUAGAA